GAAUGUCCCCUGGAACAUAAAUCAUCAGAAUGUCAGAACAUGUACACAUCACGUACUGUUUCUUGCUGGUCGACAGCAGUGUAGGUCAGUGCUGGUUUGGUCUGCAGAUCUGAUUGCAAUAACAAAGAAGUGUCUGUCUGGAAACCGUUUAUCUGCUUUCUAUUCACGAGUCUGUUUGAGCUGCUCUCAUCUCGUUUGUGUUUGAGUUUCCUCCUCUCACGCCUGCAGCAGCUUUCACCAGGUGAUAAAGUCAGAUUAACUGGCCUUUUCUGAUUAAAUUACCCUUAAAAAGGAGCAGGAUCUUCAGAGCCUCACAGCAUCUCUGAAGCUCUGCCGUUCUCCUUCAUCCGAGCAGUCUGAGGAACCGACUUUCAGACCAGCGAGAACGAGGAUGUCUGCUUCAGUCCUUCACUCCUCGCAGUUCACUGUGAUUUUGGGGUUGAUGCUCCUGAUGCUCUUCUCACUCAGCAAUCAGAAGACUGUGAAAAACACUAAAGACAGCAGCGAUCUGAACAAGAGAGUUCGCGAAGUCUCCCCGGAAAAAUCCGAGCCCGUUCAUCACCGCGUUCGGCGUGGCGGUAACAAGAAGCAGAACUAUUACAUCACCCCUCCAUCCUCCACCACUGACAGUGGAGCCAAACUGAAAUGGCAAAAAUGGGAAGGUUCUCUGCCCGAAUUUGCUAUUUCAAUCCUCAACAAAGACAAGCCACGUAAAGAGUAUUUUUGCAGACUCGCUGAGUCUCCAUGCAAAGCUGGGUUUUACACUCCAGGUGAAGGUGCAUUCUGUCACUAUGCUAAUGGAAAAAACAAGGAAAAAUCUGCUUCCUUUGAAAUUCUUGUUAAUGAAGACAAUUUUGAAGAUGUUAAAUGGGAAACUUUUUCCAUUUUCAGUUUGCCUAAAAAUCCAGUAAGGAUUUGUGAGAACGAUAACUUGUAUGUAGGUUUGACCGAUAGUGGUAUCCUGGUGGUGCAUCCUGAUGAGAAGUGUUUUCCUGUGAUCACUGGUUGUGCAGCUCUGGUUGUUAAAUUUGAUGAUGUGGUUGGCCAGGAAAUCUCUAAUGUCCAGUACAGCAAUGAAAAGAAAACAAGUGAAAACCUUCAGCCAGAAAUCUUAGUUGAAACUGCUGUUUCCAAUACGGCCUCAAGUGAAAUCAAUAAGAAAGUUGAACUCUCAAAGAAAACCACCAAGACGGAAACAUGGAGCGUCUCUGGUACUCUCACUCUGGGUGUGGAAACAAAGUUUAAAGCAGGACUCCCCAAGAUUGUAUCAGGAGAAGUUCAGGUCACCGGUCAGGUCUCUUUGCAGCUUUCACAUGAAAGUUCGAAGACAGAGGAGAUCAGCCACUCUGUUACUUUAGAAGUUCCAGUUCCACCAAAACGACAGUGUACGGUUGUGAUGGAGGGUUAUCGAGUUAAAGAGAACAUCCCCUUCACUGCAGACCUCACCCGAACAUACAAAAACAAUAAUAAAAAAACUGUGCGCAUCAUAGGGACGUACAAAGGCAACUAUGUUGUAAAAACUAAGGCUGAAGUGAGAGAGUGUUCACUGAAAGAAGUUCAAGGCUAAAAUAGUCAAAAGUCAAGUGGAUGUGGAACAAGACAAAACAUGAAAUUAAAUAGUCUUCAACUUAGAACAUGUUUCACCUAAAGACUUCUUUACUCGUCUGUUUUUCCAGCAGCAUUCUAAAGCAGCUGUGCUUUGCCAAAUGAAUGAAUAUCAAGUUCUUGAGUUUGUGAACGACAAACAUCUAAUGAUUAACAGGUUCUAUUCUGGACACUGAAGUUUUAUGGUGCAUUCACACCGGACGCAGCAGUUUCAGUGUUAAGUGAAUGUAAAUGUGUGAUUUGGGCAUCGGGAGAGCUCAUUAACCAAAUCAGCUUUGGGCAUGUGACGUUUUCAGUGACUACAUCAAAGGGUAGAAACAGAGAUUCAUUAUGGCCUCCCGCUGUGAGGAUUUUGGUCCUGAACUUUCAUCCAUUUUCUUAACCUGCUGAGACUGCAGGAUUGACAGACGCUGUCCCGGUUACUGUGUGGCGAAGGCAGGAUACACUCUGGACAGGUCGUCAGCCUGUCACAAAGCCACGGCAGAGAGAGGCGGCAGACGCAAACUUGACGUGCUUGCCGCGUUCGAUGUGAAUGUACCAUUACAUGUUGAAAACCAUCAUUGGUCCAAAAAUAAAGUUUUAUUGGGUUAAUAAACAAGUAAACAAAAACCUGUACUCCUGUCCAAGUCUUGCCGUAUUCUUCAGUGUAACUGUAGCUGGCCAUGCUUAUUUCUUCUGUAAUUUCCUCUGAUUUCUGAAGACAAAUAAAGUCAAU